GGGAGUAGGGGGUCUGGGGGCCCGGAGCCUCAGGACAGGACGACGACGAGGCAGGGCCGGGGCUGGGCUCGGGAGGCCGAAGGCCGGGACGUCUCGGGGAGUCUGGCCGGUCCGGGAGCCCGGAGCCUGGGCCCGGGAGAAGGGCGACGCCGAGGCGCACCGGACUCUCUUCUCCGUCUCCUGGAUUAUCUUCGCCCAGAAACCCUGCCUGGGCCGAUCGCCCGAGCGAUGGCCGAUCAGGCCAAGGCUUGGGGCGUCUCCAAGCAGUGAUGCAACUGAAGUCAUCCUUAGUACCACGAGCCGUUGUUUCCCAAAAGGUGACUUACCUGAAGACUGAAGAGGUUGCACGGCUGGAGGUGAGAGGAGCAAAUCGCAGUUUUCGGCGCUGAGCAGGCCUGCGUUUCGUCAUGGCCCUCUACUUUGACCACCGCAUAGAAGCCCCAGACACAGUCGGGUCUCCCUCCCACAUUGGCUGGCAUCCCAUCCACCCGUUCUUGGCGGUUGCUUCUGUUAGCACAACCUCAGGAGGCAGCGUGGAUGUGUAUCUGGAGCAAGGCGAGUGCGUGCCAGACACGCAUGUUGAAAGGUCGUUCCGGGUCACCUGCCUGUGCUGGCACCCGACACGGCUGAUCCUGGCUAUUGGCUGGGAGUCUGGAGAAGUGGUCAUGUUUAACAAGCAGGACAAGGAGCAGCACGCGGUCCCCGCCACGCACACGGCUGACAUUGCCAUCCUCGCCUGGAGCCCCAACGGGAACUGCCUGGUGUCGGGGGACAGGCUCGGCGUCCUGCUCCUGUGGAGGCUGGAUCAGCGGGGCCGCGUGCAGGGGAUGCCGCUACUGCGGCACGAGUAUGGGCAGCCCCUCACCCACUGCAUCUUCCUGCUGCCCCCGCCUGGCGAGGACCUGAUUCAGCUGGCCAGGGCGGCAGUGAGCGGGGAUGAGAAGGCCCUGGACAUGUUUAACUGGAAGAAGAGCGGCUUCAGGAGCAUCCUGAAGAUGGGGUCUCAGCAGGGCCUCUCUUUCUUUGUCAGCCUGAUGGACGGGACCGUGCACCACGUGGACGAGAAAGGCAGGACGGCCCAGGUGGCGUCCACAGACAGCUCCAUCCAGACGCUGUUCUACCUGGAGCAGAGAGGGGCGCUGGUGGCGGUGACGGACAGCCUGCUGCUCUGCCUGUUCACAGUGACGCCCGAGGGCGCGGCCGAGGAGGUGAUGAAGGUGAAGCUGAGCGGGAAGACGGGCCACCGGGCAGACAUCGCGCUGAUCGACGGCAGCCUGCUCGUGACCGCCAUCGGGGAGGCGGCGCUCAGAUUCUGGGAUUUAGAACGAGGGGAGAACUACGUCCUGAGUCCAGAGGAGAAGUUUGGUUUUGAAAAAGGAGAGAAUAUAAAUUGCGUUUCUUACUGUAAAGUUAAAGGUCUCCUGGCAGCAGGUACCGACAAGGGGCGAGUAGCCAUGUGGAGAAAAGCGCCGGGCCUCCCGAACGGCCGCGGGGCGGAAGGCAAAGACAAGUGGACCCUUCAGACCCCCACUGAGCUGGAAGGAAACAUCACGCAGAUAAAGUGGGGCUCCAGGAAGAGCCUCCUGGCCGUGAACAGCAUCAGCUCCGUGCUUAUCCUCCACGAGCAGGCCAUGUCAUCCCACUUCCACCAGCAGGUGGCCGCCGUGCAGGUCUCCCCGAGCCUCCUCAGCGUGUCCUUCCUGUCCACGGGGGUGACCCACAGCCUGCGCACAGACAUGCACGUCAGCGGAGUGUUUGCCACCAAGGAUGCUGUUGCCGUCUGGAAUGGAAAACAGGUGGUAAUCUUUGAGCCAUCUGGAGCCACGUUACGCAGUGCAGGGUCCUUCCUGUGUGAGUCUCCAGUGUUAGCCAUGCAUGAAGAAAACGUUUAUACGGUGGAGCCAAACAGAGUCCAAGUUCGAACCUGGCAGGGGACCGUGAAGCAGCUCUUGCCGUUCUCCGAGUCAGAGGGGAACCCGUGCUUCUUGGACAUCUGUGGAACUUUCCUGGUUGUAGGGACGGACUUGGCUCACUUUAAAAGCUUUGAUCUUUCCCGAAGAGAGGCCAAGGUGCACUGCGGCUGCAGGAGCCUGGCCGAGCUGGUCCCGGGCGUGGGGGGCCUGACCUCACUCAGAUGCAAUGCCAGCGGCAGCAAGAUCAGUCUCCUGCUCAGCAAGGCUGACAAUAGCCCCGAUUCAAAAAUCUGCUUCUACGACGUGGAUAUGGACACAGUGACCAUCCUCGACCUCAAGACAGGACAGAUAGAUCAGAGAGAGACAUUGUCCAUUAAUGGGCAGGAGACAAAGAAGAGCCAGGCCCUGGAGGAUGAGAGGCUGACAGACCUCGUGCCCGUGAGCCACUUCUGGGAUCAGAGCGAGCCCCGGCUGUUCGUGUGCGAAGCCGUGCGCGAGGUGCCCGGUGCCCCGCCGCAGCCCACAGACAGGAGCACGCUGGCCGAGGCAGACGUGCUGGUCCUGUCCUUCUUCGUCUCAGAAGAGCAUGGCUUCCUGUUGCAGGACAGCUUCCCCCGUCCCCCCGCCUUCCAGACGCUCCUGGGGAUCCAGGUGCCCCACUACUACUUCAUGAGAAAGCCAGGAGAAGCUAAUCUGGAGGACCAGCUGGACUCCGGGUCCCAGUGCAUCCCCCAGGCAGUGGGCAGGAGGCCCCUGCGGGACUUCGUGGGGCUGGAGGACUGCGACAAGCCCACGCGGGACGCCAUGCUCAACUUCAGCUUUUUCCUGGCCAUCGGGGACAUGGAUGAGGCCUUCAGGUCCAUCAAGCUCAUCAAGAGCCAGGCCGUCUGGGAGAACAUGGCGCGCAUGUGCGUGAAGACGCAGCGGCUGGACGUGGCCAGGGUGUGCCUGGGGCACAUGGGCCAUGCCCGAGGGGCCCGAGCGCUGCGCGAGGCCCAGCGGGAGCCGGAGCCGGAGGCCAGGGUGGCCAUGCUGGCUGUGCAGCUGGGCAUGCUGGAGGACGCAGAGCAGCUCUACAGGAGGUGUGGGCGCUACGACCUCCUCAACCGCCUGCUGCAGGCCUCAGGCCAGUGGCAGACGGCCAUCGAGGUGGCCGAGCGCCACGACCGCAUGCACCUGCGCACCACCUACUACAACUACGCCCGGCACCUGGAGGCCAGCGGGGACUGCAGCCUGGCCCUCAGCUACUACGAGAAGUCGGACACGCACCGCUUUGAGGUGCCGCGGAUGCUGGUGGAGGACCUGCAGGCUCUGGGGCUGUACGUCAACAAGAUGAAGGACAAGACGCUGUGGCGGUGGUGGGCCCAGUACCUGGAGAGCCAGGCCAAGAUGGACGCGGCGCUGCACUGCUACGAGCUGGCCCAGGACUACUUCUCCCUGGUCCGCAUCCACUGCUUCCAGGGCAACAUCCAGCGGGCCGCCGAGAUAGCCAGCGAGACCGGGAACUGGGCAGCCUCCUACCACCUGGCCCGGCAGUACGAGAGCCAGAACGAGGUGCGGCAGGCUGUGCACUUCUACACGCGUGCCCAGGCCUUCAACAACGCCAUCCGCCUGUGCAAGGAGCACGGCCUGGACGACCAGCUCAUGAACCUGGCCCUGCUGAGCUCCCCCGAGGACAUGCUGGAGGCCGCACGCUACUACGAGGAGAGGGGCGAGCAGAUGGACCGGGCCGUCAUGCUGUACCACAAGGCCGGCCACUUCUCCAAGGCCCUGGAGCUGGCCUUUGCCACCCAGCAGUUUGCAGCCCUGCAGCUGGUGGCAGAGGACCUGGAUGAAAAGUCGGAUCCCGCCCUCCUGGCCCGUUGCUCCGACUUCUUCCUGGAGCAUGGUCAGUACGAGAAGGCUGUCGAGCUGCUGCUGGCCGCCAAGAAGUAUCAGGAGGCCCUGCAGCUGUGCCUGGAGCAGAACCUGACCAUCACCGAGGAGAUGGCCGAGAAGAUGACGGUGCCCAAGGACUGCAAGGAGCUGUCCGAGGAGGCCCGGCGGGCGCUGCUGGAGCAGAUCGCCAGCUGCUGCAUGCGCCAGGGCAGCUACCACCUGGCUACCAAGAAGUACACGCAGGCAGGGGACAGGCUGAAGGCCAUGAGGGCGCUGCUCAAGUCCGGGGACACGGAGAAGAUCGUGUUCUUUGCGGGCGUCUCGCGGCAGAAGGAGAUCUACAUCAUGGCGGCUAACUACCUGCAGUCCCUGGACUGGCGGAAGGACCCCGAGGUCAUGAAGAGCAUCAUCAGCUUCUACACCAAGGGCCGUGCGCUGGACCUGCUGGCCGGCUUCUACGACGCCUGCGCCCAGGUGGAGGUUGACGAGUACCAGAACUACGACAAGGCGCACGGGGCGCUGACCGAGGCCCACAAGUGCCUGUCCAAGGCCAAAGCCAGGAGCCCGCUGGACCAGGAGGCCAGGCUGGCGCAGCUGCAGAGCAGGAUGACGCUGGUGAAGCGCUUCGUGCAGGCGCGCAGGACCUACACGGAGGACCCCAAGGAGUCGGUCCGGCAGUGCCAGCUGCUCCUGGAGGAGCCGCACCUGGACAGCAGCGUCCGCGUGGGGGACGUCUACGGCUUCCUGGUGGAGCGCCACGUGCACUUGGGGGACCUGCAGACGCCCGUCUACACUGCAUGCGGUGUCAGGGUCCAGCAGAGGCCGGGACCUGGGCUCCAGGGCUCCCUUGUUCCUCGCGUACCGGCUGCCAUGUGGACACAGUUCUGGUUCCGGUUCUGGCUCUCUCAACCACAGGGUGUGGCUUCUGUGUGCCUCUCACGUCCCCUAGCGCCCGGGACUCGGGCCUCCCCAAGGCAGUGGUUACAAGCAGAACUCACCCGAGUGUGGGCCCCAGAGCGCCUGCCACGGUUGUUCUCUGGGGCCAGUGUGUCUGUGCAGUCUGUCCUUGCUGGUGGGAGGCUGACCUAAAGCGGGCUCAGCGGAAGCCUCUGUCCUCAUCCUUUGGGUCUCCGUACUCUUGUGCAGACAGCAGAGCUCUGCCUGCCACAUUUCCCCGUCAUGUCCCCAAGGGCUGCACACAGACCUUGCUGCGUUCCAGAGCGCUGCCCGGCCCAGCCCCCGCAGCCAGUGACCUGAGGCCCCUUCCUUCCCAAGCGCUCACAAGCCCAGCAUCAGCCAGUUGUUCCAGAAGUGUCGCCAGCAGGCCGUGCCGGCCUCGUGGGGCACGGCCCCAAUUCCCAGGGAAGCUGAGCGUCCACCCACGGCCCCAGCCUGAGGGUCUGCACUGUGAGCUCAGACUUCCCGGCCGGCUCGCCUGUGUCCUCUCAGCCCCUCCACUUCCAGCUCCGAGCCCUUCUGUUGUUGUGGAGACAGCUCUGAAGUGAACCGGUGUCCCCCUUUUAGGAGAACACAAGCUGGACGGCAGAGAUGCUUAGACCUCUGAAUCCUCAGUAUCAGAGCACAUUGCAAGCAUUUCACCAAAUUCUUUGCGGUCUCAAGCUUUGAAGCCUGUGGGAUUUUUAAGCUCUUUUAUUUACUUGUUUGGCUGCGCCAGGUGCUCGUUGCAGCACACGGAAUCUUUGAUGUCCUGACCAGGGAUGGAGCCCUGGCCCCUGGCGGGCAGUGUCUCAGCCACUGGUCCACCGGGGGGUCCCCUGAGGGAAACAGUAACUCCAAAUUUAAAAAAACCUGUAAAUAGAGACAGGACAGGCCUGCGUGUCUCCUUCCGGGAGGAGGGCGGAGAAACCCUCCCUGCAGCUGGGUUGGGGGAGGGGGUCUCCCCCAGACGCCCCUCCCCUGUCAUCACAGCCCCGCCCAGACCCCCAGCCCUCCCGGAGACGCUGCUGCCUUGCCCCUGUGUGCCGCCAAGUUCCCCCACCCCCCGCCCCCUCAAGUCCUUUCCUGCUUCCCACCCUCCCAUCCACGUAGCAGCUCCCCAGCACGACCCCUGCAGCUGCCCAACCACCUCCCCCCUUGCUGGGCCAGGCCUCUCACCGCAGUGCCCACCAGCCCGGCCUGGGCCUCCUGUGCUCUGUCCUGUGCGCCCCAGCACGGCUCCUGGCCCACAGCCGGCACUCGGCAGACACGAGGGCCAGCCCUUGGUGCCCAACACCGCCUCCCCAUCAUUGGGGAGUCUGGGCACCUAUACGCUGCACCCCUCGUCCCUCCAAAUAGCCCAGCUUAUCUCACAAUCUUUGUUUAUCUCUCUCAAUUACAUCUGAGAUGACUGCUCUAGAAUUGUAUCAUCUGUAAGAAAUGCUUAGAUGUGACCAUCAUUUCCUCAUAUAGUCAGAGUUCCUGGAAACUUUGUUCACAUCCUGAAUUGAUUCUUAGCGAAUCCACACAAGCCACGUGAGGCCCCUCAUGCUUGCGUGUGACCCUCCCCGCGGGGGCGCAGGUGGAGCGGGUAUAAGCAUGUUCAUCCUGCCUCAGACACCCACCCGAGCUCCUCGGUGGCCCCCAUCCCCCCCAGAU